UAACCAAUAACAUGUCCCUAAUCCCCCGGUUGUUGUCGCGGGAACCACACACGUAAACAACCGUGUAAUUUCAAAACAAUGUGAAUAUUAAAGGAUUUUCUUUCCAUUGUAUCGAUAACACACGUUUGAAACGUCAUCGUGAAUUAUGGCACAUAACGUUAGAUUGACUAAAGAAGAGUUGGAUCAACAGUUUGAACAGUUCCUGAAAGAGUCUGUGUCUGAUGACUCCUUUGAAUUGGGCUCCAGCAAUAAGAACCCCAGUGUUCUUGACAGCCUGGGAAAGCCACCCAUCAGGCCAGUAAAGAAGAAAAAAGUGUCUGUACCCUGGUGGCAGAAUGAUGAUGAUGAUGGCAGUGAAGAGGGAACAGGGAUGUCAUCAUCUGGAAAGUCCUUCCUCAAGUCCCUCAGGAACACUCCAUCUAUUAAAGAGGUCGAUGAGGAACAGUCAAAGGAGCAGAUCUUGGAGAAUGAAGAUAUACGAGAUCCUGUCAUCUUCAGCAGAGACAGUCUGGAACCUGAAGAUAUUGUUAUGGCGUCCGGACCGGGAACAAGGGUAGGAUUUUUAGGUUUGGACACGUCCGACAAGGAUGAAAAGAGCAGGUUUCUAUCCAACGUUAAGUCCUCAUCCUCCGUCGACUUCUCCAGACCAGACCAAGAACGAGAGGUCUCCACACCUACCUUUCUCCAAAGGGAGAAAGAGAUUGAUGCCACCACUGAAGAAGAACAGAAGAAACAUGAACACACCGCGUCUCCAGCAUAUAGUGAAGAUUUUGAGGAGGAGUGCAGUGAGAAAAGUGAUGAAGAGCCACAAGAAAAAGUUACUUCUGUAUUUCAGAAACCUGAUGGACAUGGAAUGUUGGCUAAAGUUUCACUGCAUGACUCUUUAAACUCCACGGAUGGAGCUCUACACCUUCCUGUUGCCGUCGCGUCCCCCGAGAAAGAAAAACGUCCAGAGAAACCAGCCAUUGAACCUGCAGUACAAUCGUACGGUCAGAGCGAAGGGAGCGAGAUAGAGGCUCUGCAGGAGGCGUACAGACAGAUCAGCGACUCUGUGGGGGUGUGCGAGGAAAGGCGAGCGGGGGGCAGCGGGACCCCUCUCUCUCCCUCCACCCUCCAACCUGCCUCCACCGCAGAGUCGGAUCUGCCAACUGCAGAGGAGCUGAUGCGCCCAAUUGGACCUGAUUCUGGAUUCACCCGUGGCUUCUCUCUCCAGCCCAUAAUUGAGGCAGCAGCUCAAGACAGCGAGAGUCACAGUCCAUUAAGGGUCUCUUCAGACAUGAGCCCUUUCAGCUCAGCUAAUGACAGCUGUGGAGCAGGUUAUACCACAGAUGGCAUAAUUGGAGGUGAACAUCGAGGUUCGUUUCAGCACACACAGAAGAGCAUUGCAGAGGAGAUCAAAUGCCUCACGCAGGAGCAAGAAGCUCCUUCUCCUCCCAAACCCAAGAAACGGCAGGUUCCUGCCAGAUCUAGCGUAUCUACAAAUCUUUUAGCUCCCUCGAGAAAAGCUCCUGCUCCAUCAUUAAAGACUAAAAAAUCUGAGAGUCGGCCACUACCCAAAGCACCUGCUCUCGUCAGAAUAAAUCAAUCUUCCAAACCUCCAUCACAUCUAACUCAGAGGAAAGCUCAAAGCCAGGCCUUUAAAAAACCUCAGAUCCUCAACCAGACACACACAGUCAAAGGUUUAGACACAAGUUUAAGGCUAAGCAAUGAACUGGUGGCUUCAGUACAGUCCUUUGCUACGUUCCUACAGCAUCAGGUUCAAGCUAAUAAUCUACAGGACAAAAGUCCUCACCAAACUGAAACAAUCACACCCAAAGCCAAGACAGACCGUCAGGUGAUGGAGGACGAGAUUGAAUCGGGUCUGACCUCUAACCAGGAGCGUUUACACCUGCAGUCUGCCCAGAAGGAAAGUGAGCUCCACCUGAGAGAAGAACAGUUACAACAGGAGCAUGACAGAGAGAGAGCAGCGCUCUGUAAGGAGAUCUACAUGCUGCAGAGCAAACUACACAGUGCAGAAGAGGCCGGUAAGAGACAGAAGUGGAGUUUUGGCGAGGCUUCGGACCCCGUGACUGAAGAGAAACUGAAGCUUAUUGAGAAGGAGAUGAAGGAACAGGAGACUCUUAUUCAGGGUUACCAUCAGGAAAAUGAGAAGCUGUACCUGCAAAUGAAAGCUCUCCAGGCUCAUAGCAAGCAAAACGAAGAGACUUUGUUCCUGGAGAACCAGAGACUUCUGACCGAGUUGGCCCACAGUAGGGACCGGUUAAAUAAGAGCAAUAUUCAGAGAACUGUUGGGGUGAAAAGCAUCGCUAAUCAAAGCUUCAACACGGCCGAGUUGACAACUCAGGUGCAAGCCGCACAACGAAACGAGGAGCGACUGUUAGAGGAAAUCCGUAGGCUGAAACAGGAGAAACAAGCCAUGCACGUAGACUUGGAGAUGAUGAGAAAAGAACGAGACCUCUCCAAAGCUCGGGCUGUCUACACAUCAGGUGAUAAAAGUUUUGAGCUGAGGAUGCUCCAGGAGAAACAUCGGGAUGAAGUGACGGAGCUGAAGAAGAGGCUGCAGUGGUACGCCGAGAACCAGGAGUUGCUGGACAAAGAUGCAGCCAGACUCCGAACCGCCACAGCAGAAACUCAAAGGCUUACUGAACAGGUUGAAAAGCUAAAGAUGGAGGUCAACAGGAGAGCCAAUGAGCAGCAGAAAAAGGUGAAGGAGAGGGCGGGUGAAGCUAAAAGAGUUCAAGACCUUGAGCGCCAGCUUAAACAAAUGGAGGAUUUGCUGAAGAGCAGACACCCAAACUCUCUGCCAGCGCUGAUCUUUGCAGCUGCAUCUGCAGGUGAAAAGGAAGCUGGCGCGGAAGUCCAUCCACCCGCCGGUCCUCAGUCCUCCCAGACGGCAGCUCUGCUGGAGAGACGCGUCCAUCGUCUGGAGGCAGAGCUGGAGGGUCGCGACGAUGCUGCCAAACGCAGUCUCAGGACGAUGGAGCAACAGUAUCACAGGAUCAAGCUCCAGUAUGAACAGCAGAUAACAGAUCUAGAGCAGCGUUUGGCUGAGAGAAGCCAGACGAAUCACAAUGCUACAUCUGAGGAUUCCCAAUCACAAAUUGAAGCAUUAAAGGCAGAGCUGGAGGAAAUAAAGACGACCCGUCAUAAUCGAGAGAAUGACCUCCAGGCGGAAGUGGCUUCUUUGAAAGAGCAGCUCCAACAAGCGGAGGCUUCAUCAGGAGUAGACAAGCCCGUCCGCAGCCCCUCACGCCACCAGCUCCACACGGAGGCUGCGCAGGCAUCUCGCAUCGAGAGGCUGACCCAGGAGAUGAACGCAAAGAGCCGCACCAUCCAGGACCUCAGUCGCACGGUCGACCGUCUGCAGAGGGAGAGGAGGACCAUGCUCUCUGCACCUGGCUUUAGCAGAAGAGCCGGCGAGCACAGGCGGCAGUCGGGCACAGCUAAAGAGGCCAAAAAAACAGCAGCUGAAACAUUUCCUCCCACGCAGGAUGAGAAGGACUAUCAUCCCGGGGCGUUUGCAGGGUCACACAUCUCGGAGGUGCAGCUGGAGAAUGACAGUUUGCGGGCAAGAUCGGAAGAACUGGAGGCACAGAGAGAAGAAGAGAGAGAUUCACUGAAGGCUGAAGUCACGCGUGCUCGUGCUCAGCUCAGCAGGACUCGAGAGCAGAACGCAGAGCAGCUCGCAACUGUCAAGGCUGAACAUCACAGAGAGAUCGAACGCCUCCUGGCUUCACACGCCCUUGAGCAUUCUUCAUCCAAAGUGGCUGAACUCGCCAACCAAGUGAACACACAAGAGAUCGUAGUGCAGCAUUUACAAGCACAAGUGAAGGAGCUCCAGGGAGCCAAAGAUGGCCUGACCGUGUCUAAAAUCAGAGAGGAAACCCUUCAGAAUCAGCUAUCUAAGCUGCUAGAAGAGCUAAAGCAGGCUAAAGAAGCACACCGUCCUGAACUAAGACACUUCGCCAGUCUCGAGCAGAAGAUUCAAUCCAUGGAGCUUCGCUACAGUCAGCGCGAGAAACAGCUCCAGCAGGUGAUCGCAGACACACGGCGGGUGGUGGAGCAGGAGCAGUGGGGUGAGGUGGACCGCUGGAGGAGAAUCGCUCAGGGCAGGGCUAAAGAGCUGGAGGCGUUCAGACUGGAGCUGGACUCCAUACUGGAUGUGCUCAGAGAACUCCAGAGACAGGGCGUGGUUAUCCCCGCCCCAGAACACACUUCCACCUCUGCCCAUGCAUGCUUGCCCCUACGAUCCUGAGCUGUGCUUGUCCGUGUCAAUCGCUCUGUGGUGAUAUUUAAAGUUACUUGUGUGAUAGUUUGUGCGUGUAAAAACUAAAGUCAUUAAUAACUGUUUAGGAACCUUCAGCGUAUUUAUAAAAGGACAUUUUAUAAUAGUUAUACUUUCUAACUACAUUUCAUCAGUGUAAUGUAAUGACAUUUUGUAUUAAAGUUCAUUCUUAUUUGCUUAAAAUGAUUUACCCUUUUAAGCUGCUCUGUUGGUUAUCAUUCAUAGUGGUCACCAACCUUUUUGAGCCCGUGAUCCCCGACCUUGGAAUUGUUGAAAGGCAAGAUCUACCACCAAAAUUGAAAAUAAAAACAGCCCAGGUUGAACCUCC